UAAAACCCUCCCAGGAUGUGGCCAGUGUCCUGCUCCUAGCUGUGCUCUAACUCCCUCAUCUGUGCCACUACACCCCACGGACAGACGGGCAGCGGCCAAGCCAAGCCGCCACCAUGAACGACAUCUACAAAGCAGCGGUAGAGCAGCUGACAGACGAGCAGAAAAACGAGUUCAAGGCGGCCUUUGACAUCUUUGUCCAGGAUGCGGAGGACGGCUGCAUCAGCACCAAGGAGCUGGGCAAGGUGAUGAGGAUGCUGGGGCAGAACCCCACCCCCGAGGAGCUGCAGGAGAUGAUCGACGAGGUGGAUGAAGACGGCAGUGGGACGGUGGACUUUGAUGAGUUCCUGGUGAUGAUGGUGAGGUGCAUGAAGGACGACAGCAAAGGGAAAACAGAGGAGGAACUGGCAGAUCUCUUCUGCAUGUUUGACAAGAAUGCAGACGGCUACAUAGACCUGGAGGAGCUGAAGGUAAUGCUGGAGGCCACAGGGGAGGCCAUCACUGAGGACGACAUCGAGGAGCUCAUGAAGGACGGAGACAAGAACAACGACGGGAAAAUCGACUACGACGAGUUCUUAGAGUUCAUGAAAGGAGUAGAAUAAACAGCGUCAAGGGAAGACAGAGUCCCCUGGCCCUUGAUGAUAUUUGUAUGUUUCACUUCAACAUCACAGACAUCUAUGUACAACUGGAGGCUGACUUUUGGAUGUCAUCGGUAGAACUUCUGAACGACUUGCAAGAUUUAGUUGAAUAAUCAAUCUAUCUAAUUGCUUAUGUAUUUUUUUUAGAACUUUCUACCAUUUCUUGCAUUGUUGUAAAUACAGUUUGUAACUCAUUUUGGUGUCCAUAGACUGCAUUUGUUUAAAUGUAACCACCUGAAAAUAAUCACAUAACUUGCAUAUCA